AUGUCUUCUUCACAUCGUCCCGUCGUCCAGGCCAUCCCGCCUUACAAAGGUGGCCCACUUCAGGCGACAGAUGUGCAGAACCGUAGACCAACAGCGGCCGAGGCCUACGUCGCGCUCGCCAACCGAAAAGCCGGUGCCAACGUCGUCUCCACCCGUGCCACCGGCUCCGAAAACUACCGUCCAUCCCAGCACCAGGCUACCAGCCACCACGCCUCUCAGCGACAGCAGCCCGCCCCAGCCGUGGACCGCAGACCACCACAGCAGCAACAGUCCGAGCGACCCAAGCCAGUCUCACGCCUCGAGAGGGAGAAGAAACGCCAACACAAUGAUCCCAAAAACAUCGGACACUGGAGGCUAGACAAGCUCAUCGGUCAGGGUGCUUCCGGUCGUGUCCGUCUCGCGGUGCACGAUCAGACAGGUCAAAAGGCGGCGGUCAAGAUCAUUCCAAGGACGCUCAUCAAUGCAAGUCGCAUGAGCUUGCGUGAUGCCGAUGUCAAGGCAAACAAGAUGAUCCUGGGUAUUGAGAGGGAAAUUGUCAUCAUGAAGCUCAUCGAGCAUCCCAACCUGCUCGGUCUCUGGGACGUGUACGAGACAUCCAAAGAUCUCUUCCUCAUCAUGGAAUACGUUGCCGGCGGUGAGCUCUUCGACCACCUCGUCGCUCAGGGCAAGCUCACUCCUCGCGAUGCUCGAGGCUACUUCCGUCAGAUCAUCUUCGGCAUGGACUACUGCCACCGCUUCAACAUCUGCCAUCGCGACCUCAAACCCGAGAACUUGCUCCUCGACGAGACCAAAAAGAUCGUCAAGGUCGCCGACUUUGGCAUGGCCGCCCUUCAGCCUACAGAGAAGAUGCUCGAGACCAGCUGCGGCUCCCCGCACUACGCCAGUCCCGAGAUCGUCAGCGGAAAGAGGUACAAGGGUACCGCCAGCGAUAUCUGGAGUUGUGGUAUCAUCCUGUUCGCCUUGCUCUGCGGAAGGCUGCCGUUCGACGAUCCUAACAUCCAGCAGCUGCUUGGCAAGGUGCGUGCCGGCAAAUUCAUGAUGCCCGAAUGGCUCGAGCCUGCCUCGAAGGACUUGAUCUGGAGGAUGCUCGAAGUAGACCCGGAAAAGCGUAUCAAGAUGGCCGACAUCAUGCGUCACCCCUGGUUCACCAACAACGGCGUCGAGUCUUCGUCCAACCCCGUGUCCACCUCGCUCGACACCUUGCAGAUGGAGCAGCUGACGCUCGACACCAUCGACAUCGACAUCCUCGGCAACCUCAAGACGUUGUGGUUCGAGUUGAGCGAGGAAGACAUCAUCAGGGAGCUUCUGUCGCCUGGCCAAAGCUGGCAAAAGACCUUCUACUCGCUGUUGGUAGCGCAUCGCGAGAACCACUCGGCAGACGAUGAAGACGACAUGGACGACGACAUUAUGAACCAGCAGAUCGUCACAGCAAGCGCUGUACCUGCGCAUGCGCUCUUGACCGCUGCCGGCGCCGCCAAGACGCUCGAAAAAGCUCGUCCUCGUCGUACGAGCGAUGCUGCUGCCGCCACUUCGGCACCGGCCUCUCCGCAGCUUGGAGGCGUCGAGAUGGAUCGAAGGCACAGCACCCCCGAGAAAGGCUCGGCGUACCACACGACGCCGACUCGUCCCAGGGACGUCACACCCACCAAAGUCCCUUCGCCGCACGUUCGUCCUGCCAACCCUUCGCCGAGGCUGCGACCUUCGCCGCUGGACUCGCCUGCUACGACCUUGGAUGGUUCGUUUGCUUCCCCUUCCAAGCUCAAGGCACCUUCUCCGGCCAAGUCAGCCGCAUCCGGUUCGAGUCCCCGCGCGGAUAAGGCUGCAAGCUACGUUCUGCCGCAGAUCUCGCUCCAGACCGCCUCGCCUCAGCGCAACGAGCGACCUUCCGUCGACCUGCAACGACGCAACACUUCGCCCACCAAGAGCAACGCCACCUCGGCGCCUCCCUCCGCUCGCAUCGCUCUCGCCAACCUGUACGACGCACCGACAUCGUCGCAGCACACCGCCACGGCUUCGUCGUCGUCGACCUCGUCCACCUCGUCGGUCACGGCGGCUCGCGGCCGGGCCAACAGAGGCUCGGGGUCUGAAAUGAUGCCGCCGCUUGCGCUUCCUGGACGCGCCUCUUCGCGACCCGUGUCGCCGACCAAGUCGACGUUUGGUGCUGCUGCCACUCAAGCGCCGCAACCUGCUGCUCAGCCCGCAACGCAAAGGCCGUCGACUGCUCGUGCGUACACGACGCAGGCGACGCCCUCGAUCCAGGUGCCACAGGUGGGCGACGCUACCAUGCAGCGAUUUUUCCAAGAGAUCGCUGACGAGCUCGCCUCGAUCCGUGCCACAGGCGAGAAGCCGGACGCGUUGCAGUCGAAGAUCGAGCAGCUCAAGAACUCGGUUGCCUUGCAACAGCAACAGCAGCAGCAGCUCCAGUCGCAGCCCAUGGCCGUCACGUCUUCUGCCCCCGGCCCCCGCACCAAGAAUUCGGAGAUGAACCAGUUCGAAGACGCCGAGGACGACGUGAGCGAAGGCGAGAGCAUGCGUUCGGUCUCGCAAGCCUCGUCGCACCAGCAGACGUACACUCCCUCGACGCCGAUGACGCCUCUCAGCCCCGCCGAGCUCAUCGCGCCUCUCUCGCUGACGGACAAGACGGGCACCGGUGUCAGAACGAGUGUUGCCAGCUCGAAUGCCAGUGCGAGGAACUCGGUGCGAAGCGCUCGAUCGGCCACGGAAGCGACCACCUCUGGCGCCGCUUCGCGACCGACGAGCGUCUUCAGCAAUAUCAGCACGGGCAGCACCGGUCUGGGCAGGAAACGUUCGUUGCUGGGACUUCGUCGUGGCGACAAGCACCAGCAGCACCAGCAGCAGCAGCAGCAGCAGCAGCAGCAGCAGUACGCCACUGCUGCGGAUGCCAACACGAUCCGAUCCAUCGCGUACGAUCAGACGCACGCUCCACCCGCACUCGCCAGCAUCUUUGCUGCACCCGCGGCCGGACGAUCGAGCCAGACUGCGGCAGCUUCUACGCGUACGCAGAAGAAUGCGGGACUUGGUCUCGACAUGGGCGCUGCAUCUGCUGCUGGAGUCAUCUCUCCACCCACCACACCGCAAUCGCAGUACUCUGCCACUCUGGCUACCGCUCCCGUUUCCAGCAGCGGUUCGACCAGUUCGGCACCGGGCAAGAAGGACAGCUGGUUCGCCGGUCUCUUCAACUGGAAGCCCGCGACGUUCACGCUCAUGUCGACGGAGAAUUUCUCCGAGACGCUCAGCGAGUGCGUCCGUCGUCUGCAGAGCUACGGCGUACGCGUCGCCAUGGACGACUCGUCCGACGUGCACCACACUACGCUCAAGUGCAGCGUCAACGAGUACCGCGAAUCCAACGGCGUCACCACGGCGGCGAAACCGUUGCGAUUCCGCGUGGAACUCAACAUCUUGCCGGUGGGAUCUCCCGCAGUCAACUCGCCGUACAUGGGCGGUGGAUUGGGGUUGUCGCUCAACGGUGCAGGUGCGGUGGGCGGUGGUGGAAGCGUCAUGAGCCACGGUCUGCCGAGCCCUGCACUGAGCACCUACUCGAGGGGAAGCAGCGCGACAGGCGUCACGUUCGCUACGUCGGUGCUGGUGGUGCAAGAGAAGGGCGCGCUGAGCACGUUCAAGCUGAUCCACGGUCGUUUGCGCCGCGAAUGGUCGCUCGACGUUGCUUCCGCCAUCAUCUGA